GACAUUCAGCCUGGUCCGGCUCGGCUGCAAAAAGUACUAUAAAGCAGGCAGCCCUGUCGCCCUGUUCGUUUGCCUGCUUGCAAGUCUUUCAGAUUCACGCUAUUUGCCCUGCGCACCUCUCGUCUUUACGCUGCUGAAACUCUCGCUCUCUCACUGGCCCGCCUACUUCGAGCAACGCACAAACAGUUCGCGACAAUGACGUCGAUUAUAGAAACUCCACGUUCACAAGCGACACUGGGUCUCGCUCUCGGCAUCGCCUCUCAUUGGGCUUACUUUAUUCAUGGCGAACAUCACUUACAAGCCCCGAGGUUGUUGCUGUUGGCAUGUCUGGGGCCGAUUGGGCUGGUUGCUUGGCUCUCGAUCGGAGCUCAGGUCUCGGUCACGGCCGCCAUCGGCACCAGCAGCUGGUUUUUCUGCUCAUUUUUCGCUGGUUUGUUUGCCAGUAUAGUAACGUAUCGCUUGUUUUUCCACCAGUUGCGCAGGUUCCCCGGCCCGCGCUUGGCCAGGAUCUCCAAACUGUACCACGCCUAUCGCUGCGGGCAGACGAACAAUUACCAAAUAUUGGCUGACCUACAUCAAACCUAUGGCCCAAUUGUUCGCGUUGGCCCUAACGAGCUGUCUGUGCUUCAUCCUGCAGCGGUCCUUGCAAUCUACGGAAAUCAAAGUCAAUGCAAGAAAGCCACUUGGUAUGACAUGGGGCAUCCUACCAAGUCACUCCAUCAAAGUCGUGACGUAGUAGCGCACGCUCAGCGUCGGAAGAUCUGGGACAAGGGAUUCUCCAUGAAAGCUCUUCGAGACUUUGAGCACAGAGUACACAUUUACUUGAAGCAACUGGACGAAACGAUCUAUGCAGGCAAGGGGAAAGCGGUCAAUGUAUCCCAGCUAUUCAACUUCUUCAGCUUUGACGUUAUGGGCGACCUAGCGUUUGGCGCUUCAUUCGACAUGCUCAAGGAUAACAAGGAGCAUUUUGUCAUGCAAAUUUUGCACGAAGGUCAACAGCAUUUGUCGUGGCUCAUCCCCAUUCCCUGGGUGGGCUUGAUCUUGAGAGCCUUGCCAGGUGUUCUUGAGUCCGAACGAAGGUUUUUAAAAUGGUGCAUGGACCAGGUAGAAAAGAGACGCAAGAUCACAAUGGAGAACCCAGACGUCAUGACCUGGCUUCUUGGUGCGGAAUCUAAUGCUCAAGGGCGCCCUUGGGGGGAUCAUUGGCUUGCUGGAGAUUCUCGCCUCAUUAUCGUGGCAGGAAGUGACACAACGGCUGUAACAUUGGCCUACAUGUUCCAAUAUUUGGCUCGCUACCCAGAACAAGUCGAAAAGCUUCGUCUUGCACUUGAUCCCAUUCUCUCCGGCGCUGAUCAAGUACAAGAUAGUCAACUUCAAAAGGUGGAGGAGCUAAACGGAUUUAUUCAUGAAGUCCUUCGCAUGCAUCCUCCAGUACCGGCUGGUCUUCUUCGCAUCACGCCACCAGAAGGUAUCGAAGUGGACGGCAUUCACAUUCCGGGAGGUUGCACGGUCUCCGUUCCGUCCCAGCCGAUUGGGAGAGCAGAGACAGCGUAUAAAGAUGCGAAUCAGUUCAUUCCUGAGAGAUGGUACUCUCGCCCGGAACUUAUUCUUGACAAGAGCGCAUUUUCCCCAUUUUCCCUUGGGCGCUAUUCAUGCAUUGGCAAGAAUUUCGCGUACAUGGAGUUGCGAACGGUGACUGCUCUCCUUGUGCACAAAUAUGAUGUGCGAUUCGCACCCAACGAAGACGGUUCGCGUCUAAUGAAGGAGGAUCAGGAUGCAUUUACUCUCUUUGUAAAGGAGCUGAAUCUAGUAUUUACGGAGAGGAAGCACGAUUAAGCUACAAGAUAAUUUCAACAGUGAAAGGUAUGAGUUUAUGCUGGUACCUUUACCCUAGACACAAUGCUGAUACAUUAAAGAACCUUACGUUAGGUGUGACGCACGCCGGUUAUCUAAAAACAGGCGCAAGCUUGGAACUGUCAACACUUCCAUCAGCCUCCGCCGCCAAGUGUACAACGAACGGAACAUGUGGCGUAAGAAUGAUCGGCGGUAUCAGUUUGCCGAGCCGGUAUAGGCGGCAUGCGCCUUUGCACGUAGACGGUAAGAAAACUCCACAUGCAUCGGCUCGGCUCCAAUGCUAGCGUGUAAUCCCACAUAAGUUAGUGAAAAGGCUAAAUUGAUCCUCCUGUGUGCCGAAACCCUUACCCAGUGCGAAUGAGGCUGAAAAGAGAUGGAUCAACUUUUCCCCAACUUUAGCUCUCGGCGGUAAAUCUCCUUCUAUAGUAGAACAUGGUGUGAAUCUGCAGUCUGCGAUCCACCAGCUACAAAUGCCAAUAGCACCCCUAUUAACUCAUAGAUCUUACUUACACUCACAUCCAGCAUUGAAAACAGCCAAGCCGCUUUUGAUGCUAGAGUGUCCAUCUUGGUUCCCCGAAGUUGGCCGCCAAGAUUAUCGAAUCCGGCACUUUCCAGGUGGACAAAAAGGAUCCUGAAGGCACGCACAACUUGGUCGGUGAUCUCAUCACCUACGGGCGAUGGCUACUGACUGGGCUGUGUUCUUUACAUCUAUG